AUGGAAAUGUGCUACGAGGUUGAGGAGAAGCACCGAGCUAACGGUGCUGCUGUGAGCUAGGCGUUACCGAGCCAGCAGCUCCCAUUUUGUCUUCGGAUUUUGCGGUGUCUUUGGUGAUCCUGUUUCCUCCCAUGACAAUCCCAAGAGCAGCACCACCGGUCGCACCCGUCAGCCUCAGCAGCACGUUGGCUGCUCAGGCAGCUCAGAGCCCCGUCUGCCUCCUCAGCUGGGAGAAAAGCAGCGCUGCUGCCGCGCUUGCUCUGCACGAUGCGUGCUCCGGGCCAACGUUUGCUCACCGCAAACCGGAGAGCAACAAACGCGGCGCGCUCCCAAAAAGUCUGCACCAUCCGGCAAAGAAAGAAAAGGAAUAAACUCAGAGCAAGAAAAAGUGCUUUAAAAUCAAAUCUAACAACAUCAUGGCAAAGACUUUGCACCACCCAGCCAUCCCUCAGAAGCCCUCCUCCUUCCCAGGGCAGCCCAGAAACGAGAGGCAGGCUGCUGCUGCUCCUUUUGUUUGGAUUUUUGCUGUUCUUGGCCCCUAGGGUCUUAGGGGAAUUGGACCUCUCAGAGAGCGUGACCUGCCUGCAGGACAGGCUGGAGCUGGAGCUUCCCGGGGAGCUCGGCAAUCACUCGUGGCGUGUGCGUGCUGUGGAUGCGAGCGGGGAGGAGAUGAUGUCCUGUGAGCACACUGUGGAUUAUGAGAAGCUGCUGCUCAGAGCCCUGCUGGUGAACUGCACUAGCCUGGAGCACGGCCAGCACCAGCUGAGGCUGCUCCUGCUGCUGAACGGCACCGUGGGAGAGGAGAGGAACGUCACCUACAGCGCUCAGUGCAGCGCUGCCCGCAGGGAUGAAAUCAUUGCUCCUCUCUUUGUUGGUGUGACUGAGUGCACAAAGGAUUCCAUGGCGGUUACCUUCCCAGGACCAAGUCUCAGUGAUGAGCACCCGGUUCAGGUGGCUGCGCUGGCUGGGACUCUGACAAUUGAUGAUGGAAUCAGGGUUCACCAGCUGAGCCUUGAGGAAGCCACGCAGCACGGCUACAGCUUUCUGACUGAUGGACACCACCUGGUAUUCCAGGCAGCCUUCACUGCCAUUGGAGUUGUCUCCUACAAGCACAACCAGGAGGCGAUCUACACUGUGGCACUGAAGCUCACGUAUGGCCCUCCUGAACACAGACUGACCGUGGAGUCAAGAAUGCUUUGUGCUCCAGGUUUGGUGCUUUGUAACACGACACACAUGGCUGUUGCCAUCCCAGCCUUCCCGGGGACCCUUAUGGCUGUGGCUGUAGAGGACGAGACCAUCCCAAUGGACCAGCUCCAGGACAAAGGCAUUACUCUCAACACAACAGGAGGGGUCAACCUGCUUGUCAGCAGUGGAGUCCUGAAGUCUGCACUACGUGGGGAGAGCUGCCCUGGAGUUCAGUCCUACCUGUCCUCCUUGAAACUGACUUUUCAUUUCCAUGGGGAGACUGUGGCAAUGGUGAUGCGCCCGGAGUGCCCCUGUGACCAGCACGCACCAAUAGCUGCUGUAUGCACUCAGGAUGGGUACAUGGAUUUUGAAGUCCUUGCUGGCAGUACUACACCUCCGCUAGCCCUGGACACGCUCAGGCUCAGAGAUCCCAUGUGCAAACCUGCCUUCAGGUCCCCCUCAAACGACAGGGCCUGGUUUCACGUCCCACUGAGCAGGUGUGGGACCAGGUACUGGCUUGAAGGAGAGAAGUUAAUGUAUGAGAAUGAGGUGAGGGCGCUGCGGUCUGACCGUUUGCUGCACAGGAUUUCAAGGGACAGUGAGUUCAGGUUAACGGUGCUGUGCUCCUUCAGCAAUGGUGAUGCCUCCAUCUCUGUAGGGGUUGAAAACCCUCCCCCCCUGGCUGCUUCCAUGAACCAAGGCCCCCUCUCUUUAAUUUUUCUAAGCUACCCAGAGGACUCGUACAGGCAGCCGUACCAUGACGACCAGUACCCCAUAGUGAGGUACCUCCAGCAGCCCAUCUUCAUGGAAGUGCAGGUCCUGAACCGCAAUGACCCCAACCUCCAUCUCCAGCUGGAUGACUGUUGGGCAACAGCAUCAGAAGAUCCGAGCUCUCUUCCUCAGUGGAAUAUUGUUGUUGAUGGGUGUGAGUACGACCAGGACAGCUACAGGACUGCGUUCCAUGAUGUGGGCCGUGGCGUCAGCUAUCCCAACUAUCGCCAGAGGCUGGAAGUGAAGGCUUUUGCUUUCGUGUCGGACAAAGCCCUCCCCGGCCUGGUGUACUUCCACUGCAGCGCCCUCCUCUGCGACCGCUUCCAGCCGGACUCCCCCUUGUGCACAGCGAGGUGCCCCAGGCCGCCCAGGAGCAAGCGAGGCGGUGCGAGGCCGGGCGCCAGUUCCACGGCGAGCCUGCAGGGUCCGGUUCUCCUGGUGCCCCGCGGAUGGGCGGCAGCUGGAGGGGACGCUGCGCUGAGCCGGGCGACGUGGGCUGCGGUGACUGCGGCUGCUGUUGGCGUUCUCUCUCUGGCGGCCGCGAUGCUGUUAUUUAUGGCUCUUCUUAAAUGCCUGAAAAGAAGAGCCCUGAUGGUAAAUGCGGUAUAUUAAUGCGUUUGUUAUCAAACUUGGAUUAAAAAUGUGGCUUUUCAGGUAAGAGAUGUAGCUCUGGAGUUGGUCGUGUAGCUCCUUGGAGGUAAACACAGGUGUCUCGGUGAAUGGAGGCAGUGCUCCCCAGGUCUUCGGGCAGAGGAACCGAGCUGAAAACAGAAGAGAAGCCCCCAAAGCUUUAGGGCCUAAAGCCGGUGGCUGUUUCUUUGUCUCAGGAAAGCCGCGACUGCUAGAAAACAGCCGUGUGA